AUGACAGUGUUGCCACGUUUGGCUCUUAAUGCUCAGGCGUACAACUAUAUUUGGAAAUGUCAAGUCGAAAAAAUUAAAUUUUGGGAUGGGACUUCCUUCCACUAUCGGAGGGCCAUCUGGUUCUGUUCCGCUAGUGCCAGAAGAUCUGAAAUUUUCCUCUUUUUUUGCCUGGGGCAUCUUCGUUGGAUUGUGGAAGAAAAUUUCAUAGAUAAGUUCCUGGGUCACUCCUGUUGAUCUUAUUGUCUUCAGCCGCGCUUUUCGCCAGACAGGACCACGUGAAAAACC